CAAAAAACAAUUUUUAGAAACAAAACUAAACACGCCCUCUUUUUUUCCAACUUUGUAAGAGGAGAGAAAAAUUCAGAAACCUAGGCAAGCAGUGAAACUGAAAUGCCAUGGACAGUACGGACGCCGAUAUGAUGGAGGUCCAGUCUUCGUCGCCAUCGCAACCGCAACCGCAACCGGCACCUCCGCCGCAGCAGUUUCUGGCGUCGAACACAGAAGAAGACGACGACGUUAGAGGUUUAAUUACAUUGGCUCGCCAACUCAUCGACCAAGGCAAACCUUCACAGGCUCUUCAGACGGUGGUGGUGGCAAUGAGAACAAAAGGUGGAGAUGGGGCUGUCUUUGAAGCACUUAACCGUGCCCAGGAGCUUUACAGAAACAAACUGCAGGCUAGUGCUGCUGCUGAUGAGCUGGCUUCUUUGUUUGCUGAGUGUGCAAUUGCUGAAGCCAUGCCAUCUGAAGGUGAACAGAAUCAGUAUAACACGGUGGCCCAGUCUAUUGGACCAGAUGCUCAUGGAACUUCUAUGUUCCAGUUUAUUGAACCAGAUGCUCAAGGGAAUUCAAUACUCGCGGAGACUGGCAGGCAGCAAAUUGUGCUGAAUGCCUUUUCUGAUGGAAGCAGUUUUGUCUGUUUAAAGUGUGGGGGUCUGGUUAGCAAUCAUCGCAAAGAGGAACACUAUGGAUUCUGGUGUUGCAAAAUCUGACCGCUCCAGUUGAUAGAAUGGAUUCAUCUUCUUGUUUGAUGUAAUCCUCUGUCCUUGUGAUGCAUAAUAGGCAGUUUUCAUCAUAUAAACAUACUUCUAUGGUCCUUGACAGCCUGUUUGCGCUUCAUUCAACUCUUUCUUGAUCUUAUGAGACUUGGUUGCUUUUGGGAAAUGGUUUGAAUGCCUCUUAUAGGAGGUAAAUCUCAUGCACCGGACAGGGUGAUUAGGGAUACAUGUUCAUCUUAGCUUCAUGUAUUAUUCACGACUAAAUCGUCAGAUCUGGGCAAUACUUCGGCGUGACUGGUGGAGGUCCAAACUGGUGUGUCAAAAUGUAUAACAGUAAUGAUUUGUGCAAUACAUGCUAAAUUUUGGUGUAGUUCAUAUUUCCAUUUUUUUUAAUCCAGUUUCAUUUUUCCUGUAGUUCAGAUUGCCUCUUGGACUAAGCACCUGUUAUUGCUUCAGGAUUUCAAUAACCAAGUACGUUCGAACCUCUCC